AUGGCUCACAUUCUCGGCCUCACUCAACCCAACUCCACCGAGCUUCCUAAGAUCUCGUUCGCGGCGAAGGAGAUCGACGUAACGGAAUGGAAAGGAGACGUCCUCGUCGUUGGAGUGACGGAGAAAGACUUGGCGAAAGACGAUAAAUCGAAGUUCGUGAAUCCGAUCUUAAACAAGCUCGAUGCUCACUCCAGUGGACUUCUAGCUUUAGUCUCUUCGGAGGAGGAUUUCACCGGAAAACCUGGUCAGUCAACUGUUCUCAGGCUUCCCGGUUUAGGAUCAAAACGGAUCGGUUUGAUCGGUCUCGGAAAAUCCGCUUCGUCUCCGGCGGCUUUUCAGAGUUUCGGUGAAGUCGUUGCUACAAUUUCAAAAGCUUCUCAAUCUAGCAGCGUUGCUAUUGUGCUUGCCUCACCUGAAAAUGAAUCAAAGUUUAGUUCUGCAUCAGCUAUUGCUUCAGGCGUAGUACUCGGAUUGUUCGAAGAUAAUAGGUAUAAGUCUGAUUCGAAGAAACCAUCUUUGAAAUCUGUGGAUAUCAUUGGAUUUGGAACUGGACCUGAGCUAGAGAAGAAGCUCAAGUAUGCUGAAGAUGUUUCUUACGGCGUGAUUCUCGGGAGAGAGCUCACUAAUUCUCCUGCCAAUGUGCUUACUCCUGCUGUACUAGCUGAGGAAGCAGCUAAAAUCGCUUCCACGUACAAAGAUGUCUUCACUGCAAACAUCUUGAGCGAAGAGCAAUGCAAAGAGUUGAAGAUGGGAUCUUAUCUAGCUGUUGCUGCUGCGUCGGCUAAUCCUCCUCAUUUCAUCCACCUUGUCUACAAACCUUUGAGUGGCUCUGUUAAGACGAAACUUGCUCUUGUUGGAAAAGGAUUGACCUUUGACAGUGGUGGCUACAACAUUAAGGCUGGACCAGGAAGCAUGAUUGAGCUCAUGAAGUUCGACAUGGGUGGUUCAGCUGCCGUUCUUGGCGCUGCGAAAGCCAUUGGUGAGAUUAAGCCUCCUGGUGUUGAGGUUCAUUUCAUAGUUGCAGCCUGUGAGAAUAUGAUUAGUGGAACCGGAAUGAGACCUGGAGAUGUCAUCACAGCCUCAAACGGAAAAACCAUUGAGGUCAACAACACAGAUGCUGAAGGUCGUCUUACACUUGCAGAUGCUCUUGUGUAUGCUUGUAACCAGGGCGUUGACAAGAUUGUUGACCUUGCUACGUUGACUGGAGCCUGCGUUAUUGCUCUUGGACCCUCAAUGGCAGGAAUCUACACACCUAACGAGGAGCUUGCAAAGGAAGUGAUCGCUGCAUCAGAGAAGAGUGGAGAGAAGCUAUGGAGGAUGCCACUAGAAGACAGCUAUUGGGAGAUGAUGAAGUCUGGAGUUGCUGAUAUGGUCAACACUGGAGGACGUGCAGGAGGUUCUAUCACAGCAGCUCUCUUCUUGAAACAGUUUGUGAGUGAGAAGGUGCAAUGGAUGCAUAUAGACAUGGCUGGACCGGUUUGGAACGACAAGAAGAAGUCUGGGACUGGCUUUGGUGUUGCCACGCUUGUUGAAUGGGUGCAGACGAAUUCUUCUUCCUAG